AUGAUUAAUGUUUGGUUUAUGCUGAUUGAAAAAACUGGAGGACUGGUAGUUCUAGCAGAAAGUUUUGGUCAUCCUGUUUUCAAGGAUUCAUUUAAGCGUGUAUUUGACAAUGGUGAAAAGUCUCUUGGUCUCUCAUUUAAUGGUAGAAUUGAGAUCAACUGCUCAAAGGAUAUUAAAGUCCAAGGGAUCAUUUGGCCAUGCACAACUUUAGAAAAGAAAGGACCUGCUAUUGCCAACACAGUAAUUGGGGAGGGGAAUACAAUAGCUUGGAAGAUUUGUGGUCUCGACAAAACUACUUGCUUCACUAUAUUCUUUGAUAUCUCAUCAAGUGAAAAAUCAGACCCUUCUGGUGGUACAAAUUCGCAAUUGUGCAUACAAUUUCUUACAAGUUUUGGACUUCAGUUGUUUAAAUUUUCUGUGAUUGACAUAUUCUACUUUCUGUUUAUGUAUCAGUUUUCUGCUUUACCAAUAUAUGCUGAAAGGUUUUGUAGAAUGCAGUUAACUAGUAGCAGUCUAGCAGAAACCUUUAUCCCCCUCUUCCCAAAGUGCUGUUUUGAUCAAGAAACUGCUGCUGUGGACAUGGCAGAGUGGGAAGAAGAUCCAGAUGAGUAUAUAAGGAAAAAUCUUCCUUCUGAGCUUGAAGAAAUUUCUGGAUGGAGAGAAGACUUGUUCACGGCUAGAAAAAGUGCCUUAAAUUUGCUUGGUGUUAUUUCAAUGUCAAAGGGACCUCCAGUAGUUAAUUCUUCACAUUCAUCAAAACGUAAGAAAGGAGAGAAGAGCAAAAAAACAACUCGCAGGUCAAUAGGAGAGCUGCUAGUGCUUCCCUUCUUGUCAAAGUUUCCUAUUCCCUCUGAUGCUAACAUAAAGAUAGUAAAUGAAUAUUAUGGUGUUCUGAUGGCAUACAGCAGCCUUCUAGAUUUUCUAAAGGAGCAAAAGCCUGGAUAUACAGCUACUCUUCUUCAGACUCGGCUGCUACCACUGUAUAGAGCACCUCUUCCAGAACCACAUUUGAUUGCCUCUGCAAACUGGGUUCUAGGAGAGCUUGCAUCCUGUCUUCCUGAAGAAAUGAGUGCUGAUAUUUACUCUGCUCUGAUGGAAGCUUUCAUCACACCAGAUAGAGACAUCUCAUGUUAUCCUGUGAGGGUGUCUGCUGCUGGAGCAAUUGCCCAACUUGUUGAAAAACUGUUAGACCAUCAGCAGGUUCAGGUUCUGAAGUGUACGGUGUUAUUGAUGGGAAGUUUGAGAGCGGAUUUUAAGGGUGUACUAUUAGCCCCUCCGAAUUCAGCAUACCAAGUACAGCAGCAUCAAAGUGUCCCUCAAAUGCAAAUUGUCCCUGUAAAUAUAAGGUAUUCAAGCCAAUGUUAUCAAUCUAGGGUAAGUUUGACUUCCAUUAAUGACAUAUAUGGAAAUUUCAAGGCAAUCCUGAGAUUAGAGGGUAGUUAUUGUUCACUUUACAUAUCUGAACUUUUGAUAGUGUUAUUAAACUUGUUUUUGAUUGCAUAUGCUUUAGAUUAGAUGGUUGUUACUAUUGACUUUACAUGAUGUCUCUACCUCUUUAUAUGUCCACAAGUUUGUGGUACUGCACAUAAUUUUGUUUGCCUAAAGCCCUAAACCUUAAGGAAGGAAAGUACUCUUUUAUGCAAAAUACUUUGUGCACUGUAUU